AUGACUUCUCACGACGAAGAAGCCCGCAAUGAAGCGGCCCCAUUGCUGCAAAACAAUGGAGAAAUAUCUGUCUCAGAAUGGCCGACCAACGACUGGUGGGCUGAGCUGUCGCUCAUAACACGCUAUACAGCCCCUCUGGUAGCAACAUAUCUACUUCAAUAUUCAUUCAGCGUUAUCACGACAACAGCUGCAGGCCAUCUUAGCCCAGAUGACUUGGCUGCUGCUGCAAUUGGCGUCACGACCAUGAGCAUCGCUGGUCUUGCCUUCUACGAAGGAAUGGCGACAGCUCUCGACACCCUCUGUGCGCAAGCGUAUGGGGCUGGAAACAAGACGGGUGUUGGCUUGCAUGUCCAGCGUAUGCUUCUUCUCAUGACGGUUGUUACUAUCCCUGUUGCUGCAGUUUGGAUAUGUUCUCCCGCAUUCUUGACGCUCAUUCUUAAGCAAGAACAUCUCGCCGUCAAAGCAGGUUCCUUUCUCCGAGUCAGUAUACUAGGCAUCCCAGGCUAUGCCUCCUUCGAAGCAUUAAAGCGCUUCCUCCAAGCCCAAGGCGAUUUCAACACCGGCAUGGCAGUCUUACUCAUAUGCGCGCCUAUCAACGCGCUCCUCAGCUGGCUCUUCGCCUUCAAACUCAAGCUCGGUCUCGAAGGUGCCGCUCUUGGCGCAGCAGUAGCCAACACCCUCCGCCCAACCCUCCUCCUCAUCUGCAUCUUCUUCAAAAAGUCAACCCACGAAUGCUGGCCCGGCUUUACGCGUCGUGCCCUGCAGGGCUGGGGAUCCAUGGUUCGGUUAUCUGCCGCCGGAUCGGCUGUCACGUUGGCGGAGUGGACUGCGUUUGAGAUCAUCACCGUUAGCACGUCAUAUGUGAGCACGAUUCAUCUCGCGGCGCAGACGAUCUUGACUACUACGUCGAUUGUCAUGUGGCAUAUUCCGUUUUCGCUUGGUGUUGCUGUUAGUACGAGAAUUGGACAUUUGAUUGGCGGUGGACAUGUGACUGCUGCGAGACGGAUUACGAUACUUUAUGGUAUCAUGUUUGUUGGGUUAGGGUUCUUCGACGGUGCGGUUUUGUUCUUGUUGAGGAAUUACAUUGGACCUUUCUAUGCGAGCGAUGAGGAAGUCCGAAGAAUUGUUACGAACACCAUGCUUGCAGUUGCAGGCUUUCAGGUCGUUGAUUCGAUUGUCUGCGGAUGCAAUGGUGUUCUCCGUGGUUUGGCCAAACAAUCUGUGUCUGCGUGGGUUGUGUUCUUCGUCAACUACUUUACUGCUGUUCCUAUUGCGGUCUGGUUGGAGUUGGGACCUUUGGAUCUGGGCUUGAAUGGUGUUUGGUCUGGAGUGAUAGGUGGCUCUGGUGUCAUUGCGCUUAUUGAGGUCAUCUAUAUGAUCAAAGUCGACUGGAGAGGUUCAGUCGAGAUAAUCAAGUCAAGAGAGGAUUAG